CGGACAGUCGGACUUUUGUUUUGGAAAGCCGCUACCCAGCGGUCGCCAUUAUUGUCCCUGGCUUGACGGUGGAGAAAAGACGGUUUAAUACUUUAAACAUUGUACUACGGCGUAAACUGCAACAUCGUGUGCUGUACUUGUGCCUUUUGUUGUCUGACUCAUGAAUUAGCGACACUCCUGAGCACAGGAUGGAGAGACGAUCUGAUACUUCAGGUGCCGUCCCCCUGGCCUCCCUCCGCUUGAUGACCUCCCCUCUGCAGCUGACUUACUCGUUCAUGUGGCAGGUCAUACGGCAGAGAAACGUGAAGCUGUACGGCAAAGUGGAGGAGUUUGUGACCAUGGUGACGCAGACUGUUCCGGAGCUCAUGGGCUUCAAGCAGACUGCCCAGCUCCUCCUGGGUUUGAGAGCAAGGAUCAUUUUGGAUUUGCUUCACAAAGAAGGCCCAGCUGAUGCAAAGGCUAUCCAAACUCUCAUAAACAAGUUGAAGGUCUCUGCAUCUUUAGGGAAGGACUCAGAGGUGGAGAAAUCUCAAACAAACUUCAUGGUGCUUGUCCAGAAUCUACUUAAAAAUACUGCUGAGAGGAAGCGCUUCUUCCAGGAAGUUUUCCCCGUGCAGUACGGCACAAAGUUUGAUACAGCGCUGCAGGCUCUGACUGCCGGUCUGGUGUGCAAGCUGGAGCAACUUCUUCCUGUUCCCAAUCUCACCCAGCUUGGAGCCAUGAUCUCAACGGCUGCUGUCCUGGAGGCAUGUGGAGGCUUCAUCCCCACCCAUGGGGACCUAAAGACUCUUCUGCUGCACCAGCAGGCCAAAGGACUCCUUGGUGUCAAAGCUACUAUCUCGUCCUCUGUGGGCGACUGUGUGCUUUCUUCACUGGCCUUCAGACCCAAACCGGUAGAACCACCUCCGCCCCCAACACCACCACCACCACCGCCACCGCCGGCCCCACCUCAACCACCAACAGAAUCACCAAAGCAAUUAGAAGCCACCCUUAACCAAACUAGCUUCAGUGACACAGAAGACAUGGGAGUGAUGUCAGAUGACUCUGACAGCCCAGCAGUUCAAACUACCGAACCACAAAGUGAAGGGCAAAACAGUUCUGAUGUUAGUGCCUCUAAGAAUAAGAAUAUUGAAACAACAGCUCAGAGCAACAAAUCAGUGCAAGAGAAGAGUUCUACACAGGAGCAGUCUGCAACAACUGUAAAAAACAGAGAGGAUGGAACACCUAAUAAACCUGAAGGGCAGCGUGUCCCCGAUUUAAAAUCAAUCCCGUUGCGGGUUGUCAAAGUUCCGAUCAAAACCGUUCCCUUACAGAAAGCAACAGAUGGCCAAAAGCCCCAGACUCAGCGAGUCACUCUGCACCAGUGGGUGUCUCAGAUCGCCACUAACUCUCUCUCACUCCCCGCCCUGCCACCGCUUCCUCCACCUAAAUACGGCCUAGAGGAUGACAUUAGACCAAGCAUAAGAAGAAAGAAGCAAAUCAGACCUCCAGCUGACAGAUAUGCCUGCAACGUGUGUGACAAGAGCUUCCCAUAUCAGUCCAAGCUAAUGGACCAUGAGCGAAUUCACACAGGCGAGAAGCCGUUUGUGUGCACGGCAUGCAACAAAAGUUUCAGAACCCAGGCAUUCCUGAACAACCACCUGAAGACCCACAACGCGGUGCGUCCGUACGCAUGUGGCCAGUGCGGCAAGUGCUUCACCAAACUGCAGAGCUUGACCAAGCACAUGCUGGCCCACAGCGGCCAAAAGCCCUUCUACUGUGAAAUCUGCAACAAGGGCUUCACGCAGUCCACCUACUUCAAACGACACAUGGAGUGCCACACCAGCGAAAUGACGUUCCCCUGCAAGCAGUGCGACAAAUGCUUCCCAACGGCUUUCAAGCUGUCCAACCAUGAGCGCUGGCACACCAGAGAUCGCCCUCACAUGUGUGAGCGGUGCGGGAAGAGAUUCCUCGUCCCCAGCCUGUUGAAGAGACACAUGGGCUAUCACAUCGGCGACCGCCAGUAUCUCUGCUCCCAGUGCGGGAAGACCUUUGUCUAUUUGUCCGACCUGAAGAGGCACCAGCAAGACCACGUGCCCAAAGCUAAGAUCCCCUGCCCGGUUUGCCAAAAGAAGUUCUCCAGCAAGUACUGCCUGAGGGUUCAUAUGAGGAUCCACACCAGAGAGCGCCCCUACCACUGCUCUAUUUGCGAGAAGACCUUCACUCAGGUAGGCAACCUGAAGGUCCACAUCAGGUUACACACCAACGAGCGUCCAUUCAGCUGCGACGUGUGCGGGAAGACCUACAAGUUGGCCUCCCAUCUCAACGUCCACAAAAGGACUCACACGUGCAAGAAGCCCUGGACAUGCGACACGUGCGGAAAGGGGUUCUCCGUGCCCGGCCUCCUUAAGAAGCACGAGCAGUUGCACACAAGGGAUGCUAACCCCGAUUUCUCUGGUAAACGCAGACACAGGGGUAAGCACAAGAAGCACCCCCUCAAGAGGAAGUAUGACGAGGAAGACGAAGGCAGUGAUGAUUAUUGAUCGAAAAAAAGAUAUUUUGUAAUAAAAACGAUUGCCCUGAUUAGAUGGUUACAACAGCUGAUCACCCCUCAUCACAAUGACCCUCUGAACCAUGUCAUUUGAACAUUUUGAUGGUUAAUGACUGAAAAGAAACGGACAACCAUAAUGGUUUUAGUUUUUAACUUUUUUUCUUUUUUUUUUGAAUGAUGUUAGGAUUUAUUUUCUGAUCAUUGAAUUUAAAGGCAAUCGCAGCACAUUACUGCUGUUUUUCCUAAAUCUAGAUGAUGUGACACAGUAGGUUAAAAUGAUGGAAGUAACCUAAAGCCAACACUUACUGAGUUAUGAGGUAGCAGUAAAUGUAUUUCUGAUCUGUUUUGGAGUUGUAGUAGUUGAUGUAUUUCAAACCCAAAUAAACUGAGAGUUUAAACUGAGUAUUCAGAAGCUAGCACAGACAUUUAAAGAGAAAAGCAUCAUGUAAAAAGAACACCAAAAUAGGAUUUCAAAGCGUAUGACUGUAGAUAGCUUGUCUGUGUAAUACAUGUUGUAGUGUCACUAGGAAGCAUUUCAUAUUCGUUCAUGUAUCUAUGUGGACAUUGUUGUGACUCUCAUACUAUAACAUCACGCUUUGUUGUGUAACCCUGUACUGUUAACAUUACAACUUUGAAUUACAAUUUGUUUUGGUUAGAAGCUUUUUGAAGCUUUUCUUGAAAAAUGAAACAGAUGUUUUGUUGCUGUUACAGUGUGUGGGGAAAAAAAUCGAGGAAACAGGAGUGGACACGAUAAAACACCCUUAACAUAAUGCAAACACAUGACGAGGUUGCUCUUGGUUUUUUCCUGAGCUAUGCUGUGUAUAUAUUGUAAGCCACUAAUAAUUUGGCCAUCCUUUUUUUUUUUUGUGUGUUUAUUAAAAAAAUAAACUUCGUGAAAGGA